AUGUUCUCGAAUCAGGAGUCAGCGUCGCAUUCACCUCCACCCUUAUCGGCGACGCUAGGCUCCGACACAUUCCAUCUCCGAGAUGAUGAAAUUCAGGCAAUACAAGGCAAUACCGAUGGCCGGCAUCCAACACCGGCAGUGCAGGCGGCUUCCGGCACCGGAGAGACAGUCAUUGGUCCCCUCAUAGCGGCUGGCAUGGCCGCUCCAGAACAUCUCGCGGUAGUCACCAUCGCCACGGAAACGGACGUGUUUUUUGCCUUCACCACGUGCUUCUCCCACGCCUGCUCCAUUUACAUUAGGAAUGUAAACCAAUUUAUGCCCCAUGUACUAUGCCCGCGUUCUACCAAUCCUAUCUUUGACGCCAAGGGAGAAGGCAUUUGGAGCGGCGUCGAGUAA